GCGCUCCUUACAUCAGCAAAACUACAACUCCCAACAUUCGUCACCGGGAGCCUGGGCAGCAUUGCUCGGCUCGCUCGGACGCGGAGCUGCUGCUUAUGCGUCCUUGCAGCGUGUUAUGGAAAUCGUCAAUCCGCUGGAUAAGCAGUUUUAAAUACGGAGAACCACAGCGUGGCGUUUCUUUUCAGCAUUGUUUUUUUUUCAGACCGGGUCUUUCAGCAUGGGUAAUGGCAUCAAUAAGGUCCUGCCUGACUUAUACUUGGGAAAUUUCAAAGAUGCAAGAGACCGAGAGCAGUUAGCCAGAAACAACAUCACUCACAUCCUGUCCAUUCAUGACAGUGCAUCUCCUAUCCUCCAGGAGAUGACCUAUCUCUGCAUUUCAGCAGCUGACCUGCCCACACAAAACCUGACUCAGCACUUUAAACAAAGUAUCAUGUUCAUGCACGAGUCCCGCCUCAAGGGAGAGGGCUGCCUCGUUCACUGUUUGGCAGGUGUGUCCCGCAGUGUCACCCUGGUAGUAGCUUACAUUAUGACAGUGACAGGACUGGGCUGGCAGGAGGCGCUGGCUGCAGUGAGAGUGGUCCGACCUUGUGCCGGCCCCAACCUGGGCUUUCAGCGCCAGCUCCAGGAGUUCGAGGCUACUCAAGCUGAUGAGUUCAGAGAAUGGCUACGGAAGGAAUAUAAGGACAACCCCUUCAAUGAUGAGGCUGAUCUACGUGACUUGCUCAACAGGGCGUCCAGAGUCAGUGGUGAAGAGGUGAAAAAACAUGUAUCUACCCCACCUGGAGGAAUCUGAUCAGAAAUUGUGAUGGGAUCUUUUCUAGCUGGAGUCUGGAGGAUUACACCACAGUGUGAUGCUUAAAUAUUUUGGACCUGUCUGGAAGUCUAAUAUCUUUUGGAGUGGACCACUAUCAGGAUGUUUAUCGCAGCUGGAAUGAUCCUCUAGAUAUCAUGGAUGUGAACACUUGAAGAGACAGUUAUUAUGUAGAGCACACAUUCAUUUUCAGUGUUGAUGGAUGUUUUCAGUGCUGUUUUUUUCUAAUCUGUAAAUGUUGUGAAUUGUGUUUUCUGUACUGCCAUUCUGAUUUUAAAUAGUGAAAUAAAAGGAGUAAAGUCAA